AUGGGACUGGGUAAGAAAGGACGGAAGAAGUUGAGGCUAAUCCUCCUGGUUGGAUUUUUGGUGGGAUGGGCUUCGUUGAUUGCUGCUAUAAUCAUUAUAGUCCUGGCUCCAAAACAUCCUUACCGACCCGACCUAAAAUGGUAUGACAAGGACACUGUGUACGAAAUCCUGCCUGAAUCUUUCCAAGAUUCAAGAAUUUUGGCUCGUUUGGAUUACCUGAAGGAUAUUGGUAGCAAAGUCCUAUACAUCAACUCAAUAUAUGAAAGCAAUGACGAGGAUCAUAAAGCAAUUGUCGAUCAUACAAAAAUUGAUGAAAUAUAUGGCUCUAUGGAAGACUUUGUAGAACUUCGUAAGGUCACUAAAGAGAUGAAAAUGCGACUGAUCAUGGACUUCAUCCCAAACCACACAGGAAAACAAAGCCAGUGGUUCUCAAAGAGUCAAAAGAAAGAAGGAAAAUAUACUGACUAUUACAUCUGGACCACAUGUGAUCCACAGACAUAUCGCCAUGACUUAAUGGUUAUAGGUAGAGGAGCGUGGGCGUAUGACGACACCAGAAAGGAGUGCUUCUUCCAUCAGUUGGAGAGUGAUAAGCCAGAUCUAAACCUCAGGAACGCUGACGUCAGACAGGAACUUGAGAGCAUCUUGCGUUUCUGGUUAAACAAAGGGGUGGAUGGUUUUCAUGUUCAGGAUUUUCAGCAUCUGUACGAGGACAAAAUCCUGGGAAAUGGCACUCUUGUUAAUGGGAAGACAGACAGUGAGCACAAAGACUUAAACCGCAUUCGGACCAGCGAUAAUCUGAAUUAUCCCAAGUUGCUUAAAGCCUGGAAGACUGUGUUGGAGUCAUACAAUACAAAGCCAGGCAGAGAAAAGGCUCUUAUUGUGACGGCUAAAGAUGAUCUGAACACAACCAUGGAGUACUUUGAUGCCGGAGUCACCAUUGUACGAGUCACACCAUUGUCUGACAGUGGUGCUUCAUUUGCUGAACGCAUAGAGACCAAACUUAAAGAUGCCAAUUCCAAGAGAAUAGGAUGGAUGUAUGGUGACAAAUAUUCCAGUCGAUUAACCAACAGUUUAGUUGGCCCAAUACAAAUUAAAGCUUUGUUGACUCUACAAGCCACUCUGCCUGGAGCUCCGUUUACCUACUACGGGAACGAGAUCGGAAUGACUGACCACCCCACACUGUCUGCCCCUAACAAGUACAGGACUCCAAUGCAGUGGAACUCCAAAGGAACAGGAUUCUCCCAGAAUACUCCAUGGGUGGAUCGAAAUCCUGACUACAUUACAAUCAAUGUUGAGACUGAAAAGGCCAUUGGAGAUGAAUACACCACACUUAAGGUGUACAAAAGGCUUCAGGAGCUGAGAGGGAACGAGUCCUUCCAGUGGGGAAAGAUGAGUGUGUAUAGAGAUGGAGACCUCCUGAUGUACACCAGAAAGGCCGAUGGAUUCCCGGGAUACCUGGUGGCCAUUAACUUCGGAACCAGUAAGGUGACCGAAUCUUUCCAUGCAGCCACCGGAAUUCCCAAGGAAGUCAAGGUGGUCUUCCAUACUCACAAGGACGACAACAGCGCCAUCAGUUUGUCGGAUACUUCCUACAUACUGGAUCCUAGUCAUGCAGUUGUUUUGGAAUAUCAAUAAUGUUUUGUAAUUAUGGAAACAAUGUUUUAAAAGACCAAGAAAACAAACUUACUUUGAAUCCGAUAUUGUCUUUAAAAGCAAUUAAGAACAUAAGCUUAAUUUAGAAAUAAAAGAAUUUAGAUUGCUUAAUAAAAUUGAAGUCAAAAUUUGA